ACUGCAGUUGGGUGGUAUAGUAAUAACACGUAAAAACGGGUUUAAUAUCAAAAACCACUUGAAAUCCGCUUUGUUUGAAGGUUAGUUAACUUUGACGUGAGAAAUGCAACAAGAUGGCGGGCUUUAGAGAUCGUGAAAAACAACAUUUCCCGCUUGAAAGUAGUCAAGCUGUGGUCGAUUUAUUCAUAGACCAACUCGAGAAUAGUGAUGGACCUAAUUUAGCACUGUUAUCUAUAGUUAUAGGAGCAGUAGAAAACAAGUUGACAGUCAACAGAAACGUGUCAGCGACCACGGACCGUUCAAGAAUACUAGAACCCAUCUUCCCCGUGAUCGAAUUGUCGAUGGUUGAAGCUUUGUAUACAAAAUUUGUCACGGAUGUCAAGAGUGGGGUUGACUUGUCAUUAUACCGAAAAGAUAUUGCUACACGGGAACUAGUCAAAAGAGUGUCAGACAUUAUUUGGAGUCGACUAACGAGGAGUUAUUACAAAGAUAAAGCUCAUCUCCAGUCGUUAUACAGUUAUCUCACAGGAAACAAACUUGAUUGUUUUGGGGUAGCUUUUGCAGUUGUUGCAGCUUUUCAAGUCCUUGGGUAUAAUGAUGUUCAUUUAGCUUUAUCAGAAGAUCAUGCCUGGGUUGUGUUUGGAGAGAAUGGAAGUGAAACAGCAGAAGUAACUUGGCACGGUAAAGGUAAUGAAGAUAAACGUGGACAACCUGUAGGUUUAGAAGUAACAGAGAAAAGUUGGUUAUAUCUAUGUGGUCAAGCUGUUAUAUGUACAAGAGAAAUGGAAGUAUCAGCUAUGGUAUCUGGUAUAAAUCCAUCAAUUACAGUUACAUUAGAUAGUUCAGAAAUGGGAAAUCUUCAACAGGAUCUUUUGUGGGCAUUAUAUGACAAACAACAUUUGAAAAAGUAUCCAAUGGCUCUUGGUAAUUUGGGAGACUUGGAAGAGGUAAACCCCAUUCCAAACAGAAAACCGUGUAAAGUAUUAUACGCCGAAGCUAUAGAAGCUUCAAAGAAAUAUUACAACAAUCAACAUGUGUAUCCAUAUACAUAUUUAGGAGGUUAUCUAUAUCGUAAACAUCAAUAUAAGGCAGCUGUCAUGGCCUGGGCUGAAGCAGCAGCUGUAGUUAGCGGUUUCAACUAUAAUCGUCAAGAUGAAGAAAUCUACAAAGAGUUUCUAGAAAUAGCUAAUGAUUUUAUUCCUAAUAUAGUGAAAGCUGUCUCCAAUGAGAAUAGCUCGGAUCCCUUGAAAUUACCAUUUUUACGCGAUCCUGAAGUUUAUGUGAAGCUUCUACAAUUUUACGAUGGUAUUUGUGAAUGGGAGGAAGGUAGUUCUACACCAGUUUUACAUAUCACAUGGGCACAUCACAUGGUUUUCUCAUUAUCAAAGUUUGAUUCUCAUGUUCGUGAAUUUGUAACUGUUACCUCAGAAGGUGGAGAUAGUGAGGAUAAUGAUGAUGAUUCUGAUGAUCAAACAGAUGAAAAGGAAACAAGACGAGGAUCUCAGAGUGAUUCUAAAUCUCGAACAUCCCUUCGCGGUCGACGUAAAUCACAAUUGACAGAUAAAGUUAAGAAUCAAAACGAAAACGGUGAUAAUGAUGGGGUAGAUUCUAAACUAAAUGGAGACUCAAAAGAAGACCAAAUCCAAUCUGCGAUCAAAGAUAUAGUUUCUAAAGUAGGGGAGGGGGGUAAAAAUGAUGCUCCAAAUCCAAACAUACAAGCUUUAUCCCAGGCAUGUGGAGAAUCUAUAUUAAAUAAAGAUUAUUUAUUGGGUAGUGGUGAGCCGUUCACCACUGCUACAUCUAGCACUAUAAACAAUACUACUACUGAUUCACGUAGUGUGGACAUUGAAGAUUUCUUGAGCACGAAAUCAAAUGGUACACCAUUCAUUGGCUUGACAAUGGACUCUAUGUUAAAAGCUGACAGUCCGGCAGACAUGAUGUUAUGUCGUAAAGAUUCUGAUGUUGUCGCCGCUACUGACAACGGGACCAACACAGAUUAUUUAGCAGGGGCCAAACCUGUGACCCUUGUGUUACGCAGCGAGAAAAUGAAAGGACUGAAAAAAAUCUUCACCUCAGCAAAACUGAACGCGAGUGCAAUCAAGCUGCAACUUACAGCUCAGUCUCAAGUACAUAUGAAACAUUCUAAACGAGGAGGGGAGGGAGAUAUAUCAAGCACCGUACGAAAGCGGACACGACGCGAGUAAAGUGACAUAAAACACCACACUGUUAUAGACUGUUAAUUUUGUUUUGUUUUUCUCCAUUAUUAUAUUUUUUGUUGUGUUCUUGUUUUUAAGUCACCAACCACAAGUCCUAAUUCAAUCAAUCUUGUUAUUAAAAUGAAUCCUGCCACUUGUAAAUAGUUCAACUACAUGUAUGUUUAGUACUGUACAGCUUAAUAUAGGUAAUAUUUAUAUUAGUAGUACAUAAAUAUCAUCUAACAAAUUUCACUUCCCAGACAGGAGAAAAACUACAUUUUGAAAUUGGGACUUAAAUUUUGAUGUAAAUAGUUUUAUCUCGGACAUAGUCAGUCACCUUUCUUUGUCACUAUUAAAAAUUGUUUAAACAUUUUACUAUGUGAAAAAUUGUGAGCUUUUUUCACUAUGUGAAAAAUGGUUAAUUUAGUACACUAGUGUAUAGUUCAUUUUAAUGUUUGUACUGAAGAGGGUUUAAAUAUUUUAUUCGUCAUUGUUUUCACAAAUCAUACCACCACUUUAACUUGCUUGAUUAAUCAGUUGUUAUUUAACAUACUUCAUUCAUCAUCAUUUCUUUUAACAGAUUGGUUUUAUUUUUGGAUGACUUUCUAAAGGUGCUUGUAUUUUAUUUUUGAAACUUUAGUCAUUAAAUUUAAUCAUGUAUUUAAAUUGCCCGGUGUACUGUAUGUUUACUGACUUUUACAGUUAUCAUUGUUCUAGUUUAUUAAGUCAAUCUUUAGAAUUCUGAUUACUUGUAAUUCAUUAAAGGAGAGUUCCCAGUUUGCACUGAACAAAUUAUUUUCUUUAAGUAAGGUCAAAAUGAGAAGAAAUAGGUUAUUUACCAUUUGGAAAUGAUUGUCAAAACAGUUUAUAGGGUUUAUAAGCGACCACUUCCAAAUUUCCAUUAGUGACCUGAUAAACCUGACUUUGCCAAGAGAUUAUUAAUAAUGAUAAUAAUAAUGUACAUUUAUAAUUGCGCUCACUCCAUCCAUAUUGCAUGCUCUAAGUGCAUGGUAAAUAAUAGCUAAUUCUAAUAAUAAGUAACAAACAAAUUGGUUUUGAGUUUGGAUUUAACUAAGCUAUCUGUAUCUCCAAUGGUAAGUUAUUCCACAGACACUGAAGGCUUUAUCCCCAUAGGAUUCAGUUUAGCUUGCAGCACAAUCAAUGAGGGCUUAUUUUGUGAGCGAAAUGGUCGAUUUGGUUGACUGAAUGAGGUUUGUGCCGUGAGAUGGUGAAGGAUCGUGUUGACACAUUUAGACCAAUGUUAGAAUCUUGAAAGUUAUCAGGUCUUCUAUGGAUUGGUAACCAAUGUAGUGAUUUUAAGAUGUGAGAUUGUAAGAGUACUUUUGUGUUCUUGUUAUUAUUCUAGCGACGUUUUUAAAAAAAAAAUUGAGUUUUGCACAUAGGUUUUGGGGAAUUCCAAUCAAAGCACUAUUGCAAUGUCAAGAAGUGUCGAAUAUUGCCAAUACAUGGGGGCGGUAGUAACAUGUGCAAUAAAGUUGUUCAACCUGUAUCUCCAUGGUUAAUGAGGAAUCCAGUAGCACACCAAGAUUCAUUACACAUGAUGAGAACUGACUGUUGGUUUCACAGAUCACCACACAUGAAUUUUGGUGAAUUCAAGCAUAGCAAUGUCCUGCAACUUUUAUUGCUUACUGGUAUUGGAGAAAAAAUUAACAAAAACGAAAGUAUAGUGGAAAUUUUUAACUGUACACUUGUCUGAAUUAUUGACAGGGUUAACCAGGCAAGAAUGACACAUUCAAUUCCAUUGGACAAUAGGCCUUUGUUAUUUCUUUGAAAACUUAUCACAGAGAUUUAGAUAGUUGCAUGGGCCUAGAAUAAAAGGUUCUAAAAGCCUUCCACAUUAUGAAUAAAUACAUAUAUUGACAAAUAAAAUAAUAUUAAUCCAUUUUUUGGUUUAGUUUUAAUGAGCUAAAAAUAGUUAUUGAUAUACAGACUGAUAUUUGUUUACAUGAAAUUUUUCUCAUUUAUUGACCAGCAUCUGUUGUUAUAUUCAGAAAUUAUGACAUUUAUUUAUUUAUCUGUUUUCAUAGAUUUGAUGUGAUCAUUAAUAUGGACCUUGAGCUGUCUCAAAUCCUCAUUUAAUUAUAGAAAUUAAAGUAUUAACACAGAUAUAUUUUGGUAAUUUAAAACUAAAUUAUUUGUUUUAUUUAGUUUCUUUAAUGAUUGAUCUUAUUUUAUAUACAUUAUGUAUUAGACAUCUAUUAUAGAAACUCACCAACCAUAAUUCAUCCACCUUUCAAAUAAGAAAAAAAAAAUAGUGCUAUGAAUACCAGACUAAAUUAAUAACUCAAAUGAACACUGGAUGCUAUAUACAUGUAUGUUAGAAUAUUAUCAAGGAUUUUGAUCAAGUUCAGAAGUAAUAGGCCUACUGGGUCUUGUUGACACUUUGAUAUAGUUCAGAGGCUUACAAUAUGAGUAUUUAUAUAUUCUAUGGAUUAUGACUAUACAUUAAUAUCUCCCAUAUUGUUCUUGAGGAGAGGUCCAACUAUUUCAGAUUUAAUUCAUUAGUUAAUAUUGAACUAUUUCAACCGUGCACUUUAAUUAACAAAUUAAAAAGGUGAUUAUCACAUUAUGAAUGUAUUUAUAUUCCACUGUAAAGAAACAAGGUGGUGCAAAUGCUAAAGUAAAUGUUAUAAAUAGUCUCUGAUUCAUCAAGGGGGAUUGGAUGGCCGAAUGGUUAGUAUAAGGUCUGUCAUUGAGUCAACUGGCAUGGUUUCGAUUCCUGGUUGUACAUGACAAGGAGUAGGGUCACCUGUCAACCUUGUGGGUUUUACCACACCUUUAAAGACCCCUACGUGCAAGCGAAUUGUUGAAAUAAAAUUGAACCAUGUGUUAGUCCCGAAAUGAGCUAGUGUGUGUUGAGAGGACAUUAGACCCAAUUUCUCUCUCUCUUGAACCAUCAAUAUCAUAGUACAUUCAACUACAGCCACAUGUUCACAGAAUAGAAAGAGUAGCUAUUUUAGUAUAAGAAAAUGUUUUUCUUUAUAAAAAAUGAAUUACAGUUACCCUGAUGUCAUAACUCUGGAAUUUUAAUUUGUUAUGUAAAGAUGAUACGAGUUGCAUUGUAGAGUUUAUUAUUGAUAGUAGACAAUGAAUAAAACAUAAAGAUUCCGCAAGUCAUACUAACAGGUGAACAUAAGCAUUGUUUUUUGAAAAAUGUAUCUCUUACUUCAUGUAUGUAGUACAAGUACAAUUAGAACAAAAGGAAGUGAUUCAGAUUAACUAUAAAUUAGAAAAUAAAAGUGAUUGUAUGUAAGCAUCCACCGCCUAAUACAUUCACUAGUUUUAUUUCAGUAAUUAACUCAAAUGAAUUUGAUCUACAUCAUAUGUAUAUUGUUAUGGAAUAUUUUGUUUGAUGUAGAUAUUUUACAUGAAAAUAUGUUUUAAUUGUUGUUAAAUAUAUUUUGAUUGACCUGGCUUAUGAAUUGUUAUCAUGUUCAUAAUCUAGGUAAUUCAGAAAAUCUGUCAAGAUGAGAUGGGAGGUGUGAAGGUUUGUUCCUUGUUUCUUACACUGUUGUCAUUUACAAAUAAGGAUUCCCUCCAGUUGCAGCUAUUUUAAUUUAUUUAUUAUUCUGACAGUCCACAUUUACCUAUGCAUGUAGAAUAUGUAGUACGUAGAUUCUGCAUUAACAAUAAAUUACAUGUACCGUUUACAGCAUUUGCCAAUUGAUAAGUUGAAAAUAAGACAUUCAAAUUCUGUUGAAAUUUUAUCUUUUAAAAUUACAACUGACCACCUAUCUUACUUGACAUGUCGAGUUUAAAGGCACAUUUCUGAGUUUCAUUUCACACUGGAAAAUCAUACUUGUCAAUUUCCAUACUUGAUGAUGAAUAUUUGUGGGUGAUAGAAAAUAGAACAGACCUGUUUUAUGUCCAAUUUUAACAACCUGUAUAUUCAACUGAAUGGGCGAUGAUGCAUUUCCAUAGAAAUACAUAAUCAUAAUAGAGACCAUUUUUGUCUAUUAUGAGAUCAGAGUAAAACUGGAGCUUUAAAUACUGAUAAUGAAUACAGGUUAUUGUGGUGUAUUUAAAAUAGAUUAAACCCCACUAUAUGGCUCGCUCUUAAAGCUCUGACACAUUUUACACAGAGAAUGGGAGAGUAUUUUUAGAAUAUAACAAAAGGGAGAAGACUUUAUAAGAGCAGAUUUUUAAACUAGACAGAAGUAAAAAAGUAUUCUUAUUGUUAAAUAUGUAAUUAGUUUUUAAAUAAAACACUGUAAAUAUAUACUUAUUGAAACUAAUGAUUUGUUAUUGGACUUAGCUUCUUUCAGCCAUCUUUACUUGUUUAUUUUAUUGUUUGGAGCAAGUUGAAUGACAAGAAUAAAUUGCCAUGGAGUGUCUUGAGGUACAUGUAUAUUAAAAUGAAAAGUGUUAUUUAAGUCAUUUGCAAUAUUCAUGUUCAUAUGGUUUGUGUUUUUUAUUUUUAAUCAUGAAUAUGAAAUCUACGAAUGUUUUUUUCAGUAGUUAAUUUGGAAAUAUUGUACACAUCAUAGUGCUAUGAAGAUUCGUUAUUACUUUAUAUUGAUGGAUAUAAGUACUUAUCAAAUCUUGGAAAACUACCCAUAGAAAAAUUUGUUUUGUACAAAUUCUCUUCAACUAUUUUUGGGUGAUUAUUGGAAAUCAAAUCCAUUAAAAUGUUAAUGCAUGACAUUUUAAAUGAAAUGAAAUGGGGUUUGACAUUCUACUUUUUCUUCUCCAUCUGCACUAUCUCAACUAUUGAGAUGAUAGCAUCAUAAACAUGAGACAAAAAAUGAAUGUGUUAAAAAGGAGAUUGAUGCUUAGAAGAAUUUCUCUUCUAUAAAACAACAAAAUAAGAUGUUGAUAGUUACCCCCAUAAAUGAUAGCUAUUGUCAAACACCCUAUCCAAACAAUAAAAUAAUAACAGAUGGUACAUUGAUAUUGGGCUAACCACUGUCUUUGGUAUCUCAUAAUCGGUAAUCCAUGAGUGCAUUUAGUGGAUUCUGUUUUCAUAAAUGGUGUCCUACUUUUUCGUUGAAGUAGCCACCCUUCAGUCAACCCUAUUUAGGUAGCUAUUUCAUUAAUUUAUCGUUUUACAGUGAUCAGAUACCAAAUUAUUUUUGUCUACAGAGAAUUUUAGGGUUGGCAGUAUUUCAACUUUUAAUAAGUUUCUUAUAUCAAUGUCGUAUUUUAUUUUUGACAUGUUUUACUUCUCAAUAUUGUAAUAUAGUAUCAAUGUUUAAAUUAGUCUCUUGGCUAUUGUUUAUUAAUGUUAUAAGGAUGCAUGUUAGUGUAAGUAAGGUUUUAAAACUUUGAAGGAAUGAGAAUACUUUCAGAGUAUUAACUUUCUAGAAGGAAUAUUGAACAAUGAUUAAAAUAUCCAACUUAUGAUAUACAGUUUUGUUGAGCAGUUACACCCAGAAGAUUAAAUCAUUCACUUUCUCAAUAUUUAUUUAUUUGGUCAUUUCAUGAAAGCGUCAUUUUGUGUAAAUUGGAUAGAAGAAUUUGAAAUUGAACACUGUUUAUGUAUAUGUGUAUACAUAUAUAUACAAGAUUUGAUUUAAUGAAUUAGGCUGUAAAAGAUCUUAAAAUCUUUGUGUAAAUUUUGUUAGCUAUUUAAGGAGAUAUUUACCAUUUGUAUAUAGAUAUUAGUUUAAAUAUCGUUUGUCUGUUGGUUUAAUAUUAACACCACCAUAUAUAAUGCAUUUUCAUCAUAGAAAGUAAAGGUUGGUUAAUUUCAUUAAAGCAUUCUAAAGCGC